UCCUGACCCCUCCAGUCCUUGUCCCCGUAGUAAUCCCCUCCGGUUUUCCUCAGUCUCCACGUACGUCCCCGAGGGCGCGCCCCAAAACCCGGAUAACCGGAGCGCUCCCCAUGGACUCCACGGAGGGCUCGCCCGCGGAGGAGCGGCCUGCGCAUGCUCCAUCGCCGGGGAAGUUUGGUGAGCGGCCUCCACCUAAACGACUUACUAGAGAAGCUAUGCGAAAUUAUUUAAAAGAACGAGGGGAUCAAACAGUACUCAUUCUUCAUGCAAAAGUUGCACAGAAGUCUUAUGGAAAUGAAAAACGCUUUUUUUGCCCUCCUCCUUGUGUGUAUCUUAUGGGCAGUGGUUGGAAGAAAAAAAAAGAACAAAUGGAACGAGAUGGUUGCUCGGAACAAGAGUCUCAACCUUGUGCAUUUAUUGGAAUAGGAAAUAGUGACCAAGAAAUGCAGCAGCUGAACUUGGAAGGGAAGAACUACUGCACAGCCAAAACAUUGUACAUAUCUGAUUCAGACAAGAGAAAACACUUCAUGCUGUCUGUAAAGAUGUUCUAUGGCAACAGCGAUGAUAUUGGCGUGUUCCUCAGCAAGCGGAUAAAAGUCAUCUCUAAACCUUCCAAAAAGAAGCAGUCAUUGAAAAAUGCUGACUUGUGCAUUGCCUCAGGAACAAAGGUGGCUUUGUUUAAUCGACUUCGGUCCCAGACAGUUAGUACCAGAUACCUGCACGUAGAAGGGGGAAACUUCCAUGCUAGUUCACAGCAGUGGGGAGCAUUUUAUAUUCAUCUCUUGGAUGACGAUGAAUCAGAAGGAGAGGAGUUCACAGUCCGAGAUGGUUACAUCCACUAUGGACAGACUGUCAAACUUGUGUGCUCAGUUACUGGCAUGGCACUCCCAAGAUUGAUAAUUAGAAAAGUUGAUAAGCAGACAGCAUUACUGGAUGCAGACGACCCUGUAUCACAACUCCACAAAUGUGCAUUUUACCUUAAGGAUACAGAAAGAAUGUACUUGUGCCUUUCUCAAGAAAGAAUAAUUCAAUUUCAGGCCACUCCAUGUCCGAAAGAACCAAAUAAAGAAAUGAUCAAUGAUGGCGCUUCGUGGACAAUCAUUAGCACAGAUAAGGCAGAGUAUACAUUCUAUGAGGGAAUGGGCCCCGUCCUUGCCCCAGUCACUCCCGUGCCUGUCGUAGAAAGUCUUCAGUUGAAUGGCGGCGGGGACGUAGCGAUGCUUGAACUUACAGGACAGAACUUCACUCCAAAUUUACGAGUGUGGUUUGGGGAUGUAGAAGCCGAAACAAUGUACAGAUGUGGGGAGAGCAUGCUCUGUGUGGUCCCAGACAUUUCUGCAUUCCGAGAAGGUUGGAGAUGGGUCCGGCAGCCAGUCCAGGUUCCAGUAACUUUGGUCCGUAAUGAUGGAAUCAUUUAUUCCACCAGCCUUACCUUUACCUACACACCAGAACCAGGGCCAAGGCCACACUGCAGUGCAGCAGGAGCAAUCCUCAGAGCCAACUCAAGCCAAGUGCCCACCAACGAAUCCAACACAAACAGCGAGGGGAAUUACACGAACGCCAGCACAAAUUCUACCAGUGUCACAUCGUCCACAGCAACCGUGGUGUCCUAACAGCCGUCUUUUUGCUAGGACUUAAACUGACUUGAAUGCGGCAAAAAGUUGACAAAAAAAGAAAAAAGAAAAACAGAAAAAAAAGAAAGGCAAGGAUAAAAUGAACAAUCUUUUGUGGUUUCUUGGGAAAACUUUUCAUACCAGGUGAUCUAUCCCAAACCCCAUUACCUGCAAGUGCUGAUGUGAAAUGCAGAAGCCACAGUAAAAUGAAAAACAUCAAAAUGUACAAAGUGUUGGAAAUCAAGGUUUUCAGCUGUCUCUCACACACACAUACACACCCCUUUUUGGUUGUUUUUUGGUUGGUUUUGAUUAAAUGGUCAAGAAAUGAAUAUGUGGCUAGAGUACAGGUUAAGCUAGAAGACACGCAUCUAACAUAGUUUCUAUGGACCAAGGGACUUGCAGAAGCUUUAGUGAAAGGUACAUUUUCACCAUGCCUUUUUUCUAUCACGGUAUGUAGUACACCUUGUCACCAGUAGGUUGCACUCUCCGCCCCUUGAGCUUUGGGCUCAAAGUACAUUUAGGUUCAAGCCUGACCAUGCUUGUUCAAUCUGAGUACCGAACACUUCCAGGUUCUUUUGGUCUAAGGCUGGAACUUUUUUUAAGCUGAAGUCUUAUGACUUUUUCAUAAGUUAGAAUUAUUUUGAUUUCAGCAAGUCAAAUUUUGUAAAGGCCUGCAUACUUUUUUUUAAGAUUAUAUGAAGUCUGUGCAAAAGCUUUAAAAAAUGCCUCUGCCUUGCCUGCAAUACAUGCAAUGUAUGUUAACUUAGUCUAUCCUCAGAUACUGUUGGUAGUUAUUUCUGUUUUCCUUUUUUUUAAAAUGUAUUUAUAGUGGUAAUCCAAGAGAGUCUAACAUUUAUGUGGAGUUCAAUGUGGCUGUUUAGUCCUUCUGAGUUAAUGGCAGAGAACAUCACCAUUUGAAGGGUUUGUGCCUCUUUGCCUAUCCAUCAGUUUAUCUGUGUUCCAGGUUUGUUCAGGUUCCCUUCCUCCCCAAUCUUGUACAUAACGUGUAUUAUGUGUAAGUUAAACAUUUUAUCUUUAACUUGGAAUGUUCCCAGUGAUUACAUUUAACAGGGUGUUUCCCACCUUGUUGGCAAAUGACAAAAAAUAUCAUGAGAAUUAUUUGCUGCCAAGAUGGUGCCCUUAGGGUAAAAUGAGGAAAGUCUCUGCAAGAUACUUUAUUGUACUUGAUUUUCCUUUUUUAGCCUAGGCCAGAACAUCAUUAUAAUUCUAAACGUAAGAUCACAAGAUGGCUUUUAUUAGAUGAUAACUAAAUAAACCGAACUAAAGAAAAUAGCCAGAAGACAGUACCUUAGAAACAGAUAGUUGUAAGUUUAUAAAAAUACAAAUGUAACUUAUAUUUCCAUUUCCCCUUUUGCCCUUUGUUUGUUUUUCCUCCAGUAGAAAUGUUGUGUCCAUUUUUUUUCUUUUCUGUUAACUUUGGGUUGCACUCAGGCCUGUGUGUCAGCCCUGUGUGCUGAUAUUGCCAGUUUUAUCUGCUUCCAUUCCUGCACUUCGGUAACCCUUGUCCAGUUUCUUGGGAAUUGCAGCAGACUCCCUGGGCUCCAUUGAGUAAGGAACCACGUGUGUGAUGUUAAAGGACACAGUCUAGUGGUGCCAUCCUCCUUGAUAGAGUAAGAACUACCUCUAGAUUGUGGUAAGCUUUCACUGUCCCUUAAAACAGGAGCCACAAGGACCUCCUGAUGCAACUGUAACUUGUAUGGCAUUUUCGGUGUCUCUGGCUCCCUGGACUUCUGAAAGUUCAUGUAGACGUGUUAGGAGUCCUUUGUCAGGAGCACUGUUUUCCAUUCCUGCGGCUUUGCCACUCACUGUUUUCUGGAGACUCACUGUCAAUGCCACUCUGAACGUCUUUAAACUGCCCCUCCUUGGUUUUCCAAGGAGAAGGCCACCUAGGAGAACGUGCUGGUUACAUCUGUUGCUGUGGCUCUCUUACCGACAGCCUUCUUCAUCACCCCAGGCUCUGCUGUUCUAGCCAUUGUAGCCCUUUCCCUUCAGAGCUGCCGCAGUCCGUCUCCUCCCCUGCCUCAUACCUUCCUUCUGCUUCCGUGGUCAAGGGCAGAGCUCACUGUGGCCUUAGCUGUCUUUGCAGUAACUGUUGUCAGCUUUCCUUCAGACCUGUUUCCUUCCAAGCUCCACCCCUCAGUUGCUGUGGGAUCGGGACGCUGCAGGCUGAAGCGUCUCAGUGCUUUCCCAGGUCACACGUCUCUCCGCUUCUUAGAUUUGGGAUUCAGUUAAGAAACCAUUCAGUUCACUGAGAACGGAUGAGAUGCUUUUGAAGAACAAGCUAUUCCUUACCCAGCUUUGUAGCUUACAGUAACCAAGUUCAUGGCUUUAUUAAAAUGAACUUUGACUUUUUAAAAUGUUUAUAUCUUAUUUCGGUUCUUUCGUUUAUUUUAAUAAGAAUUGAAAUAACUAGAUUAUAAGUCGUUUUCCUGUUUUCUUUCUUUUUUUUUUUUUUUUUUUUUUAACAAAGUCCAAGAAUGUAACAAUAAAGGCAUCUUUCGUAUGGUUCUAUGCCAGUCCUACCACACAAUAGAGUGAAUUGAUACGUCUGUUUUACCAUGUUAUUGAUAGUUCUUCUGUCGACUGCUUCUAUUAAAAGUCCUUUUUAUGGAUUUGUAAAUCAUUUUCAAUAUAUGAUGUAGAGGAGUCUUGUCCCCCAUUUAUUCAGAAUGUUUCCUCCCAGAUGAUGCUGUUACAGAUGCUGGUCGUUUACCCUCAUGAAGACUUCUUAGGACGGGAUUUCUUCAGUUGCAGUGUGUGGGUUUGUGCUCUCAUUCUGUUAGAAUGAGUCCGCACAGCUUCUCAAAACAUGCCUAGAUGCAGAACCUGAGACCCAGCAUGUAUUUUUUUUAAUUUCCUUGAAUUUGUCAAGAGAUUGGAAGGCAGGCUGAAAACUGAAAAUGUGGGAUGCCUUUUCCAGAUUGCAGAGCCGAGCACUAGUGGGAUUUUGAACUUGAUGAUGACCGCUCUUAAGCUGGGACAACUUCCUCAUGUACAGUUAACUAGUGGAACCAUCUGUCCCUCUCUGCCAUCAUCUUUGUUGGUUUUGUAUCUUUCUUUUUUGUGUGGUGCUGGGGUCAAAUCCAGGGCCUCAAGCACAUUUGCUAAGGCUUUUUGUUAGUUUUUUUCAUGAGACAAGGGUCUCACCCAUGUAGCCCCUCAGGGCAUUCUUAAACUUUCCUGCCUUAGCCUCCAGGUGCUGGGAUGCCAGGUAUGGCGGGAUGCCACCACUGCUUUUGUCUUUAGAGAAACUGGUCAGGCUGUCCAGCCACAGAGAAAUUCUAAUGUCAUUUUUUAUUAACCCAACUAGUAAUUUAAUCAAGAAAUCUGUUGGCGGGGGGAAUUCCUAUUUGAAAGAAAUGCUAUUUGAUUAUUAGUCAAGUUAAUGGACAUUGUUUUCCAAAGCAGCUGUGUUUCUGGUGAGUACUGAACAAACGUGAUUUUUCUGUGUCACUUUUGAUUGAUUUUCCAAGCACUGUAACUCGGGAUGGAUGGUUAGAAACAGUAAUAUAUUAGGGUUUUUACUUAACCCUUUCAGGACUGAGAUGUGUCACCUAUUAAUUUCUCCCUGUGUCGUGAUAAUUGUUUGCCAGCAUUCAGUACUGUGUUGCUCCCAACGUAGGUCUAUGUAAAAGCUCAGUUUUAGCUUAUUUCUUGUACCUUGCAGCAUGCUCUACACAUUCAGUCCUUAAGGGGUUUACUUUACAAACUGUGCGCCUGUAAGGGUUAUUAGCAAUAAGAUAGAAAAUUGAGCAAGUUUAUACCAUAAUUUUGUAGAAAAAAGAAUCUGCUCAAUUCCAUACUUCAUCCAUGAAAAAUCUGCAAUACGAGCAGUUUCGAGGAAUAAAUAAAAAGGAAAUGUAAACCAUUGUAAAUGUCUUCUGUGAGAUGUGCCUGAUGCAUGUAUCAUCGUCUUUGAUUUCAGAGUACUUACUUCAUAAAGAUAAAAUUAAAUUCUAUAUUACAGUUUGUGGA